AUGCAAAACCCUCCGUUGAUUCGUCCCGAUAUGUAUAAUCAGGGAAGCAGCUCAAUGGCUACUUAUAAUGCCUCUGAGAAGAAUCUAAAUGAGCAUCCUUCUCCGCAAAUUGCACAGCCCAGCACGUCCCAAAAGUUACCUUAUAGAAUAAAUCCUACAACCACUAAUGGGGACACCGACAUAUCUGUUAACAGCAAUCCUAUCCAGCCUCCUUUGCCAAACUUGAUGCAUCUAUCUGGUCCGUCUGACUAUAGAUCGAUGCAUCAAAGUCCUAUACAUCCAUCUUAUAUCAUCCCUCCGCAUUCAAAUGAAAGAAAACAAUCAGCUUCUUACAACAGACCUCAAAAUGCUCAUGUUAGUAUUCAACCUUCCGUGGUAUUCCCCCCUAAAAGUUAUUCCAUAUCUUAUGCACCUUAUCAAAUAAAUCCCCCUUUACCAAAUGGACUUCCGAACCAGAGCAUAUCUUUGAAUAAGGAGUAUAUUGCAGAGGAGCAACUAUCAACCCUCCCAUCUCGCAAUACCAGUGUUACUACUGCACCUCCUUCUUUUCAAAACAGUGCUGAUACCGCUAAAAAUUCAGCUGAUAAUAAUGAUAAUAAUGAUAAUGUAACCAAACCUGUUCCUGAUAAAGACACCCAACUCAUAAGUAGUUCAGGCAAAACUUUAAGAAAUACUAGAAGAGCUGCUCAAAAUAGAACCGCUCAAAAGGCAUUUAGACAAAGGAAAGAAAAAUACAUCAAGAAUCUCGAACAAAAAUCAAAGAUAUUUGACGAUUUACUAGCAGAAAAUAAUAACUUCAAAUCAUUAAACGAUUCAUUAAGAAAUGACAACAACAUUUUAAUAGCUCAGCAUGAAGCUAUAAGGAAUGCAAUUACUAUGUUAAGAAGUGAGUAUGAUGUCUUAUGUAACGAAAACAACAUGUUGAAGAAUGAGAAUAGUAUAAUAAAAAAUGAACACAACAUGUCAAGAAAUGAAAAUGAAAACCUAAAACUUGAGAAUAAACGCUUCCACGCUGAAUAUAUACGAAUGAUCGAGGAUAUUGAAAAUACUAAAAGAAAGGAACAAGAACAACGAGAUGAAAUAGAGCAACUAAAAAAAAAAAUAAGAUCCCUGGAGGAAAUAGUAGGGAGACACUCGGAUAGUGCCACGUAA